AUGGCACAACCAGGUAUUGAGGCACUGGCCGUUGGUCUUAACAAGGGACAUCAAGUCACCAAGAACGUUACCAAGCCAAAGCAAUCUCGCAGAAUGGGAGCUUGCUCCAAGAAGAACAAGGUUGUUCGCGAUCUCGUCCGUGAAAUCACCGGAUUCGCUCCAUACGAGAAGCGUGUUCUUGAAAUGCUCCGUAUCUCCAAGGAUAAGAGAGCCCUCAAGUUCUUGAAGAAGCGCAUAGGAACCCACCUUCGCGCCAAGAAGAAGCGUGAGGAACUUCAAAAUAUUAUUGUUGCUCAGCGCAAGCAUCAUAAGUAA